ACCAUUCCCUUGAAAUAAUAUGCAAGCACAUUUUCGAUAAGUUCGUUGAGACAUCGACGUGCCCAGGGAUUGGAAAAUUGUGCAAGCGUUUUCAGGAUGAGUGGCCAACUAUGGACCAUCAAAAGUAUUCGUCGGCUUCCUCCGACCCUGAAUGCCAAAAUUCUUUAACGCCGGAAACGGUCCAAAACAUUUCAGAUUUUGUGGGUGCAGCCUUGCAGAAAAAACAAAUACGAGGCGAUUAUGAGUAUUUUUUGGAACUCGUCCUCAUUUUUAUCGGCGAGUGCCCCCCGAAAGGUGUUCGGUUUAGGCCGCCAAUUGCGCUCACUUCAGCGCGAUUCAUGGGGCGGAUCAUCUACUGUCUUUCAAUCUAUGUGUUUGCGCGGUCAGGGCAGUUCACUGUUGAAAGUGCGCUUCUCGAAAAUAUUCGGGAUGUCUGCAUUUUUAUUGUGACAACAUACAUCAAGCCGUGGUUCACGGCCACUGUCCCAGCUGCAGGACCGCGCACUGACCUGCAAUUGAUUAAAGACAUUCAGGCAUAUAAGCAUUCAAAUGCUAUUGCAAAAACUGCUCUGAAAGCUUAUUUAAAUCAUUUGUGGUAUUUAUCGCCUUAUUGCGUGGCGUUAGCGUUCUUUGACCCGGAAGUUGACGACUCUACCAAAUUUAAAAUGGUCCAGAGUCUAAAGCGCGCUGUCCCCAGACGUGAAAAAACAGCCCCCUUACCGAGCCACAGUCACAAAGGUGAAAAAAGACAUGGAUUUGUCGCAGUUUGUGAAUGCCCACACUGCCAAGUUCUUCUCCAUGAUGGAGAUACCGACAGGAUUUUUGGACCUACACCCUUCAGAAUGGCCAGGGCAUGCCGACUACGAGGCUGGCUUAGAAACCGUGGGAGCUUUGCACGUUGUCAACGACAUCAGUGAAAGGGCGGUGCGUCUGACAACAGAAUACAGCGCAGCAAAACUGACCAAAUCGGAAGAAAGUUUCCAAAAUCUCCUAGUGGUACGGUGUCAAAUAUUUAUUACAAUAUUCUUAG